AUGCCGGUCCCGCAUCUCCGCCGUGCUUCGUGGGCCAGCCGAUCGUCCUUGGAAGACUCCGCCGCCAGCGGGGAAGACGAGACCGUCGAGGCCGAUCAGGGAAAUGUUCUCUCGCACAUCAUCUCGCAGCUGCGGCCCGGCGCCGACUUGAGUCGCGUCGUCUUGCCGACCUUCAUCCUCGAGCCCCGGUCAAUGCUGGAGCGGAUCACCAACUUUAUGGCACAUCCCGACACCCUCCUCCCCAUGUCUACGAUCGAUGAUCCGCUCGAACGGUUUGUCUCGGUAAUUAAGUUCUAUCUGAGGGGAGUGAAAAAGCCGCUGAAUCCCAUCCUCGGAGAGACUUUUACCUGCUACUGGGACUAUCCCGACGGAACGCGCGCGUACUACAUCUCCGAACAGACCUCGCACCAUCCGCCAAAAUCCAGCUAUUUCUUCAUGGCUCCGGAACACCAUAUCCGUAUCGACGGCACGCUGAAGCCCCGCAGCAAGUUCCUGGGUAACUCGGCUGCUAGCUUGAUGGAGGGCAUUGCAAUUCUGCGGCUGCUGAACCGCGGCCAGGACAAGGAGAAAGGCGAACGAUACAUCUUGACCCAACCCAAUAUGUACGCUCGCGGUAUCCUCUUUGGGAAGAUGAAGUAUGAGCUCGGCGAUCACAGCUACGUACGCUGUCCCGAGAAUGAUCUCAUCGCCGAUAUCGAGUUCAAGACUAAGGGUUAUUUCUCUGGUACCUAUAAUGCCAUCGGUGGCACAAUCAAGAACGAGAAGACUGGCGAGGUAUUAUACGAACUGUCGGGAUUAUGGAAUGGAGAAAUGCAUCUGAAAGAUGUCCAUACGCACCAGAAUGAGCUUUUGUUCGAUGCGACCCGCGCGAAACAUGCGAAGCCCUUGACCCGUCCGAUUGCAGAGCAGGGCGAGCGGGAAUCCCAGCGGCUGUGGCAGGAUACGGUGAAGGCAAUCAACACGCGGAACCACGAGCUUGCUACCGACGAAAAGACCAAGAUCGAAGACCGCCAACGCGACGAGGCCGCCAAGCGGGCCGACGAGGGCGUCGAGUGGCGGCCGCGACUAUUCCGCCCCGUCCAAGGCGGGCCCAAUGGCCCAGAUGAGGGCGAGGAAGAUCUCGACUGGAUCAUCAGUGCUCAAGUUGCAUCGCAUGACCCCCAGCUGGCCACAAAACAGAUCCAGUCCAUCGCGCCAAUCGUCCAAGGUCAGAAAAAGUCAUCUCAGUUUCAAAUCCCGCCGCAUAGUUCUCAGCGUGCCAAAUCCGCGGACCCGGCAUCCCAGACUCAGCACACGACCGCUAAUGCCGCUUAG